GUCUUUUGAUCAGCUCAGAACGGAAGAAGGUGGGACGCGACGGAAAAGGAGAUUAAAGAAGGAUUUCUCCAGGGGGUGGGCAUGUUGAAGAGAAAUAAUGUUUUGUUGACAUUUGACCAGGACAGACGGAAUUACAGUUGUUAAACGACGGACAGAACAAGGAGCCCCUCUGAUCCCGAAGACCCAGGACGAGAACCACCAUGGCUUAAACCCUGUGUUCCCACUAGACCCCUGACCCCCCCCCCCCCUCCCCUGUCCCCAACCCCAGUCUCUCCCCGGCCUCCCUAACCCCGUCCAUGUAAGGGGUUGGGCAGCCCCCCCUCCCCGAAUCCCACUGGAGCCAUGAUGAACCUCCAGAAGCACCAAACCAUGGGCUCUGACCGGGACCUUCAGUCCUCCUCCUCAGUCAGCCUGCCCUCCGUCAAGAAGGCCCCCAAGAAGAGACGUCUGUCCAUGGGGAACCUGUUCAGACGGCGCCGGGACCCCAAGAGGAAGUCCAUGGAGCUCCACGGAGGAGGAGGGGUGGAUGGUAUCGCCAGCAUAGACAGCAUCCACUCAGACCUCAUGCUGAACGAUAAGAACUCUGCCUUCUCAGUGGCCGGAGCUGCCUGCACCUCCUCCCUCGGGGCCUCCUCCUCCUCUUCCUCCCGGGGUCGAGAGCUGCUGGAGUGCCCUCUGUGCCUUCUACGUCACUCUCGGGACAGUUUCCCGGACAUCAUGACCUGCCACCACCGCUCCUGUGCGGAUUGCCUGCGCCAGUACUUGCGAAUAGAGAUCAGUGAGUCGCGCGUCAACAUCAGCUGUCCAGAGUGCUCCGAGCGGUUCAACCCCCACGACAUCCGCAUCAUCCUGGGAGACCAGCCCCUCAUGGAGAAGUACGAGGAGUUCAUGUUGAGACGAUGGCUGGUGGCCGACCCUGACUGUCGCUGGUGCCCUGCCCCAGACUGUGGGUAUGCAGUCAUUGCCUUUGGCUGUGCCAGCUGUCCUAAGAUCACGUGUGGACGUGAGGGGUGUGGCACGGAGUUCUGUUACCACUGUAAGCAGCUGUGGCACCCCAACCAGACGUGUGAUGCCGCCCGGCAGCAGAGAGCCCAGAGCCUGAGGCUACGUACCUUCAGCUCCUCGUCUCUGAGCUACAGCCAGGAGAGUGGUGCUGCAGCCGAUGACAUCAAGCCGUGUCCGCGCUGCGCUGCUUACAUCAUCAAGAUGAACGACGGCAGCUGCAACCACAUGACCUGCGCCGUGUGCGGCUGUGAGUUCUGCUGGCUCUGCAUGAAGGAGAUCUCUGACCUGCACUACCUGAGCCCGUCAGGAUGUACCUUCUGGGGCAGGAAGCCGUGGAGCAGGAAGAAGAAGAUCCUGUGGCAGCUGGGCACGCUGGUGGGCGCUCCGGUGGGCAUCGCUCUGAUCGCUGGCAUCGCCGUCCCCGCCAUGAUCAUAGGCAUCCCUGUGUACGUGGGGAGGAAGAUCUAUAACCGCUAUGAGGGGAAGGACACCUCUCCUCACCGGAGGAACCUGGUGAUAGCAGGAGGAGUCACUCUGUCUGUCAUCAUGUCUCCUGUGGUGGCAGCCGUCUCUGUUGGCAUCGGCGUGCCCAUCAUGCUGGCGUACGUGUACGGUGUGGUGCCCAUCUCUCUGUGUCGCAGCGGGGGCUGUGGGGUCUCCACUGGCAACGGCAAAGGAGUCCGCAUCGAGUUUGAUGACGAGAACCAGAUGACCGCAGGGAGCGGAGCGCAAGCUACUGACACGACCUCUGUGGCGGACACCAGGAACAACCCCAGCAUCGGAGAAGGUAGCGUGGGGGGCAUGACGGGCAGUCUGAGUGCCAGCGGGAGCCACGUGGACCGGAUGGGCAUGAGAGACAACCUGAGUGAGAACGCCUCCACUAUGGCCCUGGCUGGGGCCAGCAUCACCGGAUCUCUGUCUGGCAGCGCCAUGGUCAACUUCCUGAACAGGUCAGUGCUUUUUGAUUGGAUUGAACCUUCAUUCAACCAGGUUGGUCUCGUUGAGAUGAAAACAGAUGUUCUUUUCAAGAGACAAACGGUCACAUGACAUCAACCAGACAGACAUCAACACAACACUCUGCCAGUAACCAAGAUGUCCACCACAUGAGCCAGAAAAACUAGACAAAAUAGUCACAUCCACCUGAUUGGUGUUGUUUUACAGGGUCAGUCCCAGUAGUGUGAUAGGUGUUGUUGUACAGGGUCAGUCCCAGUAGUGUGAUAGGUGUUGUUGUACAGGGUCAGUCCCAGUAGUGUGAUAGGUGUUGUUGUACAGGGUCAGUCCCAGUAGUGUGAUAGGUGUUGUUUUACAGGGUCAAUCCCAGUAGUGUGAUAGGUGUUGUUUUACAGGGUCAGUCCCAGUAGUGUGAUAGGUGUUGUUUUACAGGGUCAGUAGUAUGAUAGGUGUUGUUUUACAGGGUCAGUCAUAGUAGUAUGAUAG